AUGCCGUCCGAUACUAUUGGCGGGGAAGCUGCUACUGAAGAGCAUGCUCCACUCUACAAAUGGAGUAGUUGCAGCUCUCUUCUGAAUCCUCCCAAAAACCAAUCAAAAAGCCAAAUCCGCAAGAUUCACAUCUACGAUUUUGACAACACAUUAUUCAAGUCACCAGCUCCUAAUCCUAACCUCCUAUCCUCGUUCUUGUCCAAUGUAUUGACAGACCCUCAACGGCUAAGCAAUGGGGGUUGGUGGAGCGAACCUCGCUUUCUGCUUGAGCUCAUCGAUGAAUGGAUCGAUGCACGAAAUGGAGAUGGAAAUGAUACAGAAAGAGAUUCUAUUGACGGCAUGUACUGGAACAAAGACAUUGUAGACCUAACACGGUUGUCUCAGCAAAGUCCCGAUACGUUAUCGAUUCUAAUGACCGGCAGAAAAGAGAUUUUUUUUGCAGAUGCAUUGAGAAAAGUGCUAGAAGAACCAGUGUUUGGGGGCAAACGGCUGCGGUUCCACGGUGUUUUCUUGAAGAAAAGCGGCUUCGAAACCACAAUGUCGUAUAAAACCUCUUGUCUUACCGACCUGCUUAUGCAUUACGAUAGCUGUCAGGAGAUCACUAUCUAUGAUGACAGAGUAAGACAGCUCCGUGGAUUUCGGCAGUUUUUGUUCGAGUUUGUGGAAGCCAUGCAGCCAUCAUUGCAAUACACGCUCGUCCACGUUCCCGGUCUGAUCAAAUAUUUGCAGCCUUCAAAAGAGCGAAAAAUCAUCUCUAGAAUUUUCAAAGAGCACAAUGAUGCGGCGGCAGGCUUGGGUUCUCGCAACCACGCUCAAGGCGCCCCUCGCCUUUUUUACACGGGCAAGGUUUAUCACAAGGAGAAACGCCUAGGUGCCGCGUACAUCUUAACGACCCAAUCGCGACGAAAACUUGUCGCCUUCAUAGUUCAGACGCUAUCGCCCACCGUUAACCUGGACGACCUGCAUAUCUCUGGGAGAUACAUACUUUGCACAGAACACGGCACAAUUACAAAUCGCAAGAUUGCAACCAUGAUACUGACCGGCUCAGCAGAAGAGCCUUCAGACGAAACAAUAGACGCUUACAUGCAUUUCAUGAAUACUGGCAAUGACAACGCGCGGAUUAGUUUUAUGGUCACCAAAAUUGGCACUGCGCCAAACGGACAAUGCGUAUGCGACGUGAAAUCCGGCGAUGAGACUAGAUAUGUCUAUACCGAGUUCCCAGCGCUCCGGAUUCCUUUGACUGCUCCAAGUAGCCAACUCAUUGACACCUCGCCCGAGCUGUUCAAUGACGACCUUUACACUUGGACUGAUGUCAGCAGUGAAAAGCUCAUGAUUGACGCAGAUUUUGGUUAUAGGUUUGUGCUGACCGCUGUCAUGGCCAAAAAGACCAAAAAAACAAGGAAGGCACGUAUAUGA